UGAUUGAGGAGCUUUGUGAUAGAACAAAUAAAUUUGAGGAGCUUAUAGCAAAAAGUAAAUAAGGCAAGUUUCACAAAAUAGAAAAUUAAAGCUUAAAAUUUUAUUACUAUUCUUCACCAGUGGAAGGAUGAAAUUGAAACAAACAUAGGAAUUCAAAGUAUCAAUGUUAAUAUAAAUAGAAUUGAGACACCUCCAUGCAACCAGAACAAUGAUCGGGUCGUCUUUUUCAUUUUUGCUUCUAAUUUAAACGACGACGUUGUAUCAAGUAUCGACUACGGCCCAAAUUACAAAACAGAAGUAAGAAGGGAAAAGCAUCAAUAACAAUGGAGGAGGCAAGGGAAGAAAAGAAAGGAAGCGGCGGCGGCAGCAGCAGCAGCAAAGAAGGGAUCAAUUUGCUGGGGCCUCCAACCUUCACGGAGCUCCCAAACGGCAGGCUCAAGUGCGUAGAGACAGGCCACGAGAUGGUUGUCGGAGACAAAGAUUCCUAUGCUCAGAGCAAACGUUGUCGUUUAGGCCUCAUCGACUUUGCUUUGUCUCACUCUAAGCCCCCUCUCAACAUGUUCAAGCAAGACCCUCUUUCCCGUUCAAAGUUGAUUUGUAAACUAACUGGUGAUACUGUCAAUAAGUCCGAGGAACAUAUUUGGAAGCAUAUCAAUGGGAAACGGUUUCUCAACAAAUUAGAGCAAAAGGAAAAGGAGAAGGAUUUAAUGAAUGAAACCAUGGCAGAGGAAGGUGAGCAGAAGCCAAAGAAAGAAAAAAAGAAGAAAAACAAGAAGGGAAAGACAGUUGAAGAGAUUAUCUCUGAAGUUAGGGAUUCUGCUGAAAAUGAAAGUGAUUCAGAAGAACCUGAGUUCUGGAUGCCCUCAAUGGGCGAGCGGUGGGACUUUGAUGAUGGAAGGGAUCGAUGGGGUUCUCCUUCAAAGUUGGAGGACAGAGAUAAAGAAAAGGACGCAGAGGCUGUGGCUGAAGAAGGUGGGAAGGAGUCAGAAGAGCUUUCUACUCGAACAAAGAGAAUGUCCAUAGAAAUCGGACCGAGCAGCUUUGCCUCUCGGAAGAAGAAGAGCCGAAAAAACACAAGCUAAUAUUCCCAUGUGCCUUCUGAAACAGAGUUUUGUGCUUGUAAUUCACCAACAAUUCUUUCUGUUUGUUUGCAAAAAGAAAGUUGAAUUCGAAUAGGAGUUUGUAAGACCUCCCUGAUUUCCUGGUAGUAAAUUGACUUUGAUUUUUUGUU